CCUCCCUCCGGUCCGGGCGGGGCUCCGAGUUUGAACGGCGCGGCGGGCCGGGCUUCAGAGCCGGGUCGGGCCCAUAGGCGGCGGCGCCGAGCAGGCAGUCUGCGGCGCGCGGCACCAUGUCCCCGGGCAGUGGGGUGAAGAGCGAGUACAUGAAACGCUACCGGGAGCCGCGCUGGGACGAGUAUGCGCCAUGCUACCGCGAGCUGCUGCGUUACCGCCUGGGCCGCCGGCUGCUGGAGCAGGCCCACGCGCCCUGGCUCUGGGACGCUUGGGGCCCAGACAGCCCCUCAGACAGCUCGGCUUCCCCCAGUCCGGCGCCCAGGGGCGCGUUAGGGGAGCCCUCGGCACCUUCCGCGCGGGAGGAGGAGCGGACGAUCGGGGAGCGCGGAGCGGAGCUGCGGGGCGCGGAGGUUGGGGACGCGGAGGAGCACGACACAGUGCUACCAGCACCACCAAAAGAAGACACAGAAGAAAAGCCUGAACAACAAACCAGGGCAAAAGAGACUCACAGGGCGCCCGUUGGCCCCGAACCUCGACAACAGCCCAGUGCCUUAUUUGCCAGAGCAAGUAAGAAAGCAACCAGGAGCCCCCAAAGAUCAACGAGCAAAAUAAAAGAGAACAAGCACCCGUUUGCUCUUUACGGCUGGGGAGAGAAACAGAUGGACACGGGGAGCCAGAAGACGCACAAUGUCUGUGCAUCGGCCUCUGUGCAUGAGAUCCAUGAAUCAGCACUUCGUGCCAAGAACAGAAGACAGGUGGAGAAAAGGAAACUCGCUGCCCAGAGGCAGCGGGCUCACUCCGUGGAUGUGGAAAAGGACCGGAGGGUAAAGCCAACUUCCGCAGAGAACCCGUGGCUGACAGAGUACAUGCGAUGCUACUCAGCAAGGGCAUAGAUGCUGGGACUUCCUCUUUCAAGUGUUUGUGAAAGACAAAGAAAACAAAAACUAUCAAAUGGGACCACACACAGGUGGAAGAAACUGACUGGUCCUGCAAGGCUCCUCUUAGGAAUUUUCAAGAGAUGUUUUGCUUUCACGAUGGUUGGUCACCUGCCUGAGUAGUUAGGGCAGACCAUUGAAGCCAUAGAUGUUGGCUUGUUUAUGAAGACAAGUCCCCAAGUCUUGA